AAAUACCUACAUUUCAAUCUCAGAUUUUAGGUUUAUAAUAAUAUUUUCAAAAUUAAUCAUGAGUUUAUAUAAUCUCUGGAAUAAAGAAGUUAAAGAACCAAAACUUAAAUCAUCUUUGUCUAACUCAAGUGAAUGGAAUUUAAAAUCCCCUUUAACGACCCCGAGAUCCUCUUCUCCACCGAGUAGAGCUGGUGAAACAAUUUUUCAAAACUAUAUUGAAUUGAUCAAAUCAAAAUCAAAUAUAUCAACAGAAGCUAAACAAACUGAACAAUUGGAUAGACCUUUCGACUUUUACGACGAUGAAGAGUUCGCGUUUGGAAUAAAUUUAUUAAAUAACAAUGUAGCUUGUGUUGGUGAUAACAUAACAAAACUUAUUCAAAUGGCUCAAGAGCCGUGGCCUGAUAAUGUGAAGUUAUUCCAGCCAUAUGAAGUGGAGCAGAUCCUGCUUCCCGACAAUGCGAGCUGCCUGGCUGUUCAGGCAUUCUUGAAGAUCUGUAACCUUCCCUUUGAAGUCGAGAUGCGUUGGAACGCAGAAUUCAUGUCACCAUCAGGUCGGGUACCGUUCAUAAAAUGCGGGGCUUUUGUCGUGUCGGAAUUGGAGCCGAUAGUACAGUUUGCGGCCAACAAGGGGGUUUCAUUGUGUUCCCGGCUGAGCACCGAAGAGAGGGCUGAAAUGAGAGCUUAUAUGAGUUUGAUAACAAAUGUGCUCGUUAAUGCCGAGUUAUACAUAUCUUGGUUAGACCAGGAGACAUUUAAUACGGUGACGAGAAUAAGAAACUCAUCAGUGUAUCCUUGGCCGCUGGGUUGGCUGCAGACUAGAUCGAAGAGGUCCACGGUUAUUAAACGUUUGAAAGCUCUUCAUUGGCACGAUAAGACGCUGGACCAGGUGUUGGCUGAUGUGGAACAAUGCUGCAACUCUCUGAGCCAACGACUCGGUGAUAAAGAUUUCUUCUUUGGAACUCCCACGCCCCUCGAUGCCCUUAUAUACGGUCACCUGAGAGCCCUACUGUCCGCCAGGGGCCCCAAAGCCGGACUUAUGAUAAAACCCAUAACGAACGCGUUAUUGAGACAUCUCAUAAGAAUGUCGCAUCUGACCAAAAUGAAAUUGACGUUGCAAGAAGAAUAUUUAGUGGCUCAGGGUUGUCAGCUGUGCCGUCGGUUGUCACCAGUGAGAACCGUGUCUAGAAGCAAGCGAUCCAAACUCUGCAUGCGCAACCCUAGCCGCGAAAAUUUCCGAAAUAAGGAUGUCUUUGGUUUCAAACCUUUCGCAUCCAAACAAAUAAUAAUAAUGACGUCAAAUGAAGGUGACGUCACCUGCGAAUACGACCAACCAAAGAGUGGUGUAACAGAGGAGGAGCUGGCCGGCAUUAUCGAUAUUAUGAUGGAGAUUAUCGAUAAAGUGGAUGACAUUAUCGACAAAUACGAUAGGAACGGGUUCGAAGUGAUCGCCGGCUACGAUAAUAUGAGGAAUAUGGAUCUUGACACUAUCGAUGAGAGGACAGAUGUCACUGUUCUGGAUAUAGGGGAGGAGGAGAUACAGGUUAUAGAUGGGGGUAUAGAUAGAGAUAGUGAUGGGACAGAUACAUAUAGGAAUAUCGAUACUGAGAAUGUUGCCAGUUGCGAUGUAGAAAAUAAAGUCGAUACUAGAUACGAAGAAUAUAUUAGAGACGAGCACUUGAGUGACAAUGUCGAGAAUAGUUCGGAACAUUAUAACGAGAUUAGCCCUGAAGCUUGCGAUAUCGAAUCGGAUAAAGCGAUGAUUUCCAAUAUGGAUAGCCCAGAGCAUGAUUUAGACACCAGUGUCGAUGAACAAGAGUAUAAUAUAGUUAGGACGCCGUCCAAUAAUAUUUUUAAGGACUCGGAUAUAUUUGUUGAAGAGGAUGAUAGCAACACUGCUAACGUCAAACGUAAAAUGUCUAAAUCGUCUUUCGGAACUCGUUCAGUUGCAGAUUCGAAUUCUACUAUAAAAAGUACAUUAAAAAUGCCAAGUAACGAAGACAUAAGCGUUGAGAGUCUUUUGAAAUAUCUCCGCAAACAGAAAGCAAACUAUCGUACUUAUUACCCCGAAAUUGUGGAUGUAGAUUAAUUUAUAUGGCAACACUGAUCGUAUAUUUAUUUGAUUCAACUGUUUUAUGUUAUAAUGAAAUAAACGAAUUAAAUGUA